GAACCAGAGGGUGGCGAUGGAACGCUAUUUUUGCCUGUUUUCUUUCAACAAGGAAAAAAAAAAACUUCCGGGAAAACAGCAACACAUGGAUGGAACUUGAACUUUUUAAAGCCCCUAACAGUUUGACGACCUCACCAUGACGAGGUGGGCGCGAGCCAACAACAUCCACAAGCACAAGGAGGCCGAGGCCACACCCUGGAGUCAGCUGAGGGCGGGAGGACGAGGAGGAAGAGGAGGAAGAGGGGGACCACCUCAGAGUAGCCACUCUCGAGGAACCCAACUGGGUGGCUCUGCGGUGAAGAAGGCCAACAAGAAGAAGAAGGAAUACACAGACCAAGACGUCAAUGGCUUCCUUGAAUUUCUGCAGCAGAGCGGACAAACUCCAGCGACGACGACUUCCGGGCAGCAGGAGCUGCGACGGGAGGUGGAGGUGGCCUUGAAGAAGGACCAGAGGAGAGAAAACAGGAGAGUCAAGAGGCAGACAGACAAGAAGAACAAAAUGCUGUGCUUCAACUGCAGGAAGCCCGGCCACGGCCUGGCCGACUGUCCCGAGGCCGAGCACGACCAUGAGAUGGGUCGCGAUAUCUGCUACCGAUGUGGCUCCACCGAGCACGAGAUCCAGCGCUGCCGGGCCAAAGUGGACCCUGCCGUUGGCGACUACCCCUACGCCAAGUGCUUCAUUUGUGGUCAGACAGGACAUUUGUCACGCUCCUGCCCUGACAAUCCCAAAGGCCUCUACGCUCAAGGUGGUAGCUGUCGAGUCUGCGGAUCGGUGGAACAUUUCCAGAAGGACUGUCCAGAACAUCAAGCUUCCAGUCAUACCCUAACUUUGGGCUGGUUGUCCAACAAUAUGAGCGCCGACCACGAGGACGUCCACGUUCCCGUCAUCAAAACCAAACCCAAGCAAAGCAAAGUGGUGGUCUUCUGAUCAUGUCGCCACGGGAACCCUUUUUCUUCUCAUCUACUUUUUUUCCCCCCACUGUCAUUUUCUUUUCUUUGAUUAUGUGAAGUAAAUAAUCCUUUCAAUAA